GGAGCGGCCAACUCCCGGACAACGGGACAAGACAAGCACCCACGAGCCCACGACCUGCCCACUCCCACGGGCAACGCCACGCGAAAAAUUCCCUCUCAAGCAGAGCGCCCCAGCACGUGCGCCUGCCACACCACCGAUCAACAGGCCGGCCGAGCAGCGCGGCUCGCAUGGCGGCGAUCUCGCACCGGAUCGCGGGGUCCGGCCCGCGCGGCGCCGCGGUGGCGCCGCCUCGCCCGGGGAGGCGCGCCGCCGUGAUCGCGGCCGCCACGGCCAAGGGCGCGCAGCGCGCGCGGGCGCUGGAAGGCGCGAGCGACGAGCUGAGGGCCGCCGCGGCGCAGUGCCUGGACUGGGCCCCCGCGCGGCGCCGGGUGCGGGCCGCCUUCGCGCCCGUGCUCCCCAACCUCGACCACUGCCUCUUCAAGAUGGCUCCCAAGGAAAUCCAUAUGGAAGAGAAUUAUGAGAAAAAUUCAAAGGGAGUUGAAAUAUUCUGGAAGAGCUGGCUGCCAAGAGAGGGCACUGCCACAAAGGCUGCACUUUUCUUCUGCCAUGGAUAUGGGGAUACCUGCACUUUCUUUUUUGAAGGGGUUGCUAAGAGGAUUGCUGCUGCUGGAUAUGCAGUGUAUGCUAUGGAUUACCCUGGUUUUGGCUUGUCAUAUGGUCUGCAUGGCUACAUUGCAAGCUUUGAUGGAAUGGUGGACCAUGUCAUUGAACAGUAUGCACGAAUAAGAGGCAUGAAGGAAGUGUGUGAGCUGCCGCACUUUCUCUUGGGGCAGUCAAUGGGAGGUGCAGUUGCCCUGAAAGUACACUUGAAGCAACAAAAAGAAUGGGAUGGCGUGCUUCUUGUUGCGCCUAUGUGCAAGAUUUCAGAAGAGGUAACACCACCCGCACCAGUAUUGAAGGCCCUGAACAUAUUGUCAUGUCUUCUCCCUGAAGCGAAGUUAUUUCCGCAGAAAGAUAUAGGAGAUUUGGCAUUUAGAGACCCAAGGAAAAGAAAAGUAGCUGAGUACAAUGCCAUCUCAUAUUCCGACCAAAUGAGAUUAAGAACAGCAGUUGAACUUCUGAAGGCUACAAAGGAUAUUGAAUCACAGUUGGAGAAGAUCUCCUCCCCAUUGCUGAUUCUUCAUGGAGCCGCAGACAUGGUAACAGAUCCUCACGUAAGCAAAUUUCUGUAUGAGAAAGCUAGCACGAAAGACAAGACCCUGAAGCUCUAUGAAGGUAGUUACCACUCAAUCUUAGAGGGAGAGCCAGACGACCGGAUUUCAACCGCAAUUAACGACAUCAUUUCCUGGCUGGAUUCACACUGUUGAAUACCCUUGGCCUAUGGGUCACAUCCAUUGUUGUUGAUCUUUAGUUAUUUCGGGCAGCAUGGGACUCUCAUGCUUUAAAUUUUCGCAUGGUGUGUAGAGAUUCCGAGUUCAGUUCGUUGGGGGCUUGAUAUCAUGAUGCUGUUAACUGACUAAAUAUUUUUUUGUUAAUUUUGAACACAGAAUUGUAUAAUUUUUUUAUUUGAUGUCUUUCUUCUUUUGACCACAGUCAA